AAGCAGAUUUGAUAACGACGAGCAAUAAAAUUGAAAUGUUUUGCAGUCGAUGAUCAGACUGGUGGAAGACAACUCGCGAACACACCGGCAUCAAUAAACAUUUCUUUCGAAAAUGGAAUCAAAAUUAAUGUUGCUGAUGGCAUUGGCAUCGCUGUUGAGUUUUACAGUUGCAACAGUCGUUGAAACCACGGCUCCCUUUGUCUCUCAAGUUUACGUUCCUCAGAUUGCUAAUCCACGACAACUGCUUCUUGAUUUAGCCGGUGAUGUUUUAGUGUCAAGCUCAAGUAGCCGUAUAUCAGCUAUCAGAGAAACCAUUCACGCCAACGGCACAUCAACAGUGGAAACGACAACCAUUGUCGACGGAGCUGGGCUAAGUUUAACGCAUGGUAUUGCACUGAAUAACGGUUUCUUGUAUGCUUCAAGUGCACUGACAGUGUAUCGUUGGCCGUAUAAACCGGGCCAGUUUUCGAUCAUCAAUCAAAACACCAGACAAACGGUCAUCACGAACAUAACUCAAGUGUCGACCGGUCACAGAACGCGUACACUCACUUUUGACGCCGAAGGCAGAUUAUACAUAAGUGUUGGUAGCUAUGCUAACAUUGACGCCGAUUCCUAUCGAUCCCGGAUUCGUCGAUUCCAUUUGGAGCGGCAAUUCUUACCGAUUCCGUUCAAUAAUGGCGAAAUAUUUGCCGAUGGUUGUCGGAAUACAGUCGGACUAGCAUGGAGUAAUAGUGGCGUAUUGUAUGGGGUGGACAAUGGAGCUGAUAUGUUAAACAGACCCGACCUUGGUGGAGCUAUCUGGCCCGAAAAUCCAGCUGAAGAAAUGAACAAAUUUAAUACGCCAAUCGGUACCCAUUACGGAUAUCCUUUCUGCUGGUCAACUUACAAUCUCCUGAACUAUCCGUCGAGAACACAGUUUGCUUGGCCAACAUUUUUAGAUGAUGGAACUCAUACCGAUGCUUGGUGCCAAGAUCCUAGCAAUAAUGCUCCACCAAUCCUUUCAAUGCCGGCUCACUCUGCCCCAAUAUCUUUUGUGUUUUACGAUGGUGUCAACUGUGGCGUCAAUGGUGGUUUCCCUUGCGAAGCCCAAAACGAUGCAUUCGUUGCUUUCCGAGGAUCUUGGCAUCAAGGUGUCGGCAAUGGCUACAAAGUGACUUGGUAUCCAUUCGACAAGGAUCAAGAGCUACCGACUGGGGAACUGGUUGACGUAAUUUUUUCACCCAACUCAACCAACAGCUGCAACUCCUGUCUCAGAGCAACAGGUGUUGUAUUCAACAGGAAUGGUCAUUUGCUUGUUGCAGGAGACACAACCAACGAAAUAUUCCGCGUGGCUUAUGACGUAGACUUACCAGUUAUUACUAACAUUUACCAUUGAAACCUUCACACCACCACCGUCUUUUAUAGCCUAGUGACUGUUUAAAUUGAUGAAGUGAAGGAAUUUGUAUGAAUAAAGUAACUGAA